AUGGCUCUCAAAUUCAACUUGAAGGUGUGUAGAUAAUGUUAUGCUUAUAUUGAAACAAAAGGACACGUUUACAAACAACAAUGUAGAAAAUUAGUGAAUGAAAUCUGUUAAAUGUUAUGUAGGUUAAUUGCUGUGGAAUUUACCAGGUAUUUUUGGUCCUCGUGGUCAUUUUUUGCUGUGCCUGCGACUGUGUCCUUGGUGAGAAACGUAUUUGUCUGACUUCUAUAGAUUUGACGGUAUUUACUCGAUAAUGUUAUGAGUGGCCUCCAUUGAUUUCAUGUUUUCUCUCAGGAAUAUGCAAUGUGACACACUGCACUGACACAACUAAGUGUUUGAUAUCCCCCGGCAAACGCAACUGCAAAUGUGCUGUGGGCUACUAUGGAGACCUGUGUGACAAAGGUACUUUUUUUUGGGUGUUUAAAAAAAUAAAAAUGUGUAGACCAAAAUAACUAGAAUAGCUAUGUUGGAACUUAUCUUCUAAAUUGUAUUUUAUUUAUUUUAGCUGCAAACUAUCAAUGUCAAGUGUGGCAAAGACUACAUUACGAUCAUGGUGAAUGAGGACUUUUUCCAGUACUACAAAGUACCUGUGGAAUCUCUGCACUUGACGAAUGAGUCUUGUCGUGCCCAAAAGGAGGUUAUGUCUGACGUCCUAUACUACAUAGUGCGGAUAUCAAAGGAUCGGUACAGUUCCUGUGGCGGUAAACCACUGGAGGUAAGUAUGAGUAGUCCCACACUUCAUACUAUACAUUGAUAAUCCUGUCUCAGCAAAGGCCUACUCUCUAGGCUCAAUACAUCGAUCUGUAGUUGUCACCUCUCAUGCACUAAUUUGUUCUUGCCCUUGUUAUCUCAGCAAGUCCAACUGUAUUCAUUUCUUAUGACGUUGCAAGUUUUGUUUUUUUACUGGCAUUGUGCCUUCUCUUUUACAACAGAAAAACAUCACUCACAUCACAUACGCCUUAACUCUCAUGUCGGCCCCUCAAGUCUAUGGAAAUAUAAUAAGAGACCCAAUGAUAAAAAUUGAGUACACGUGUAUCUACCCAUACAUCCGCACUGUCAGUCUGCCGUACCCCAUCAUCCCCUUCUCUAGGUAAGGCCCACUCUAAAAGGUGACUUGAUCACAACUUUCUGUAGUUUAAAAAGGUAGUCUUGGUCUGUUACUGGAGCCACCUAACAAGUAGACUCACUUGAGAUGCAAUUUUUGUGUAACUUUGCCUUAGUGAUGUCAGACUAGCAAGAAGAACUCCUGGAUAGGCCAAAACUAGAGCCCAGACUUGUUCCUGGAGAGAACCCACAAGCAUCAAAUAAUAUCUGUUCCAGCUGGCAGAUAGCUGUCGAUACUUAGGUAGUGUUAAGGGUAAGCAACAUUUGAGAUGUAUCUUUACUUGGUUAUACUGCCUCAGUUCCCUACUUGAAAGCCACUACUGUCUUGUAAACUUUAAUGGCUAGUUUGCAGGUGGUUGGUUGGAAUUUAGAAAAUGCUGUUUAUUACAUUAUAUUUUGGCUUCUUGAAGUAAUCCAACAAUGUGUAUGCUGCGAUCUUGUCGAUUUCAAAUAUUCUCUCUGAUCGAGACGGGCGACUCAGAAAUCAAGCGUUGUGUUGAAUGACACUCGCCUGUCUGGAUCAAUGGGAGAUUAUUUGAAAUGGACAAGAUGGCAGUGUACACGUUGUUGCAUUACUUAAAUUCAAUAAAUGUUCCUCAAUUAACUGAGCAUUUUCUAAAUUCCAACGAACCACCGCCUAGCCAUGGAAAUGUAGAAGACAGCUGUGGCUUUCAAGUGGGGUAUUGGGGAAGAUUAACCAAGUUAAUGUUGGUAGAAUGUUUUGCUUACUCUUAACACUACCUAAGUAGCGACGGCUAUCCGCCAGCUGGGACAGCUAGUAAUGUCAGACUAGCCAUUGAUUUAUUAGCAAGAGUUCUUCCAGUUCAGUUAACGUGGACAUGACAAGCGUUUCCCUCACAGUAAUCCUGUGCUGUGUUUUGGUUCAGUGAGACGGUGAUAAGGAUGGGUGAGUUGGAUGCCAAGGUGGAGAUGGCCCUCUUCACAGAUCACACCUACACAGAGGCGUUCCAAAGCUCACCUCUGAUCCACCUCCGGGACAGGGUGUAUGUGGAGAUCAAGGUCGCGGAGCUGGAGGACUUCUUCCACCUGAGGGUUAACGAGUGCUGGGCCACACAGUCCCCCGAACCCAACCAGACAGAGGGCUCCGUUCACACCCUGCUGCGCAAUGGGUGAGUGGACCAUCAAACAUUUAUCCCUGGGAACAUGUAAGCCUAUUAUUGCUCUUGAAACAUGGCAUGAAAAAUUAAUUUAGCAAGCUGUGAGCAAUUCUGUUUUGAGCUGAGCUUAAACAAUUUGGCACAUCAGACAUUUAAUAAAUGUAGCAGAUCCAGUGUUAAGUUUGCUGAUGAAGGUCUUGGAUUUUCAAUCUAAUGAUCAGGUAAAGAUUUAUUAAAUCUAAGACACUCCCCCUCACAGGUGUGUGAAUGACGAGACUGUCACAUUUCUCAAUACGACAAUGGGUGCGAAUGGAGAGGCCUCCACCAUCCGGUACAGCUUUGACAUGUUCCGCUUUGUCGUGGAGCCUCAUGACCUGUACCUGCACUGCACAGUGCGCUUGUGCUCCCUGGAUGAUGAAGAACCCUGCAUUCCUGUAAGUUCACUGUCAGGAACAGCUAAAAUAUUUGAUUUCAAAUUAUUUCCUUUCAUGAAGCAAAUGCAUUUUCUGAAUUUGGCAUGGCAUACCAAGAUUUUGUCUUUUCUAAAUGAUUCAUCUCUGCCUUUCAUACUACUACAGGAGUGCAAAUCUAUAACCAAGAGGGCAGCAGUGCGUGGAGACCCAACUCAAGGUCUACUGUCAUAUGGACCAAUCAGGAUUGACAUACCAGACCGACCCCAGUCUAGUAAGGACUUGUGGUAUCUUUUUUGUAUUUCAUUAUCUACUGAAAAUUGUAGAAAAUAUUUAUUGUAUCCCUUAAUUGUAUUUUGUUGCUGGGCUCAAAUAUUGCCCUUGCUCAGUCUACUUAAAAAUAAAAUAGACCAGAGGGGUGUACUACAAAGCUGAAUCAAUGAGUUAGCCAGUUUGAUAAACAACCAGAUGACCACAUUUUCUGGUUCAUUUAAGAAUACUAUACUUGGGUAUAUGUUUUGGGUUGAGUCAACUAGAUCGUUCCCAUUCAAAGUUUAAUAUUUUAAAAAAAGUGUGAAUAUUUAGGCACGUUAGCUAACUAAUUUAUCCUGCUUUGUAGUGUACUCCUCUGGGCUCAUGUUGAGGCUAGGGGCAGGGUGGUAUGUGCAGGGUUUUCCACAGUCUUGACUUUGUUCCAGAUCUGCUGCUGAUGAUGGUUCCUGUGGCUGGCAUCUGGGUCCUGGGCCUCUUCCUCCUCGCCCUAAUCACCAUCGCCAAGGCAGGAAACCGACGACUGUCACAGCUAGCAAACCGCUGA